AUGCGAGGGAUUAAUGUCGUCUUGCUGUGUUUCAUUCUUAUCUGCAGCACCUCAACCAAGAAGAUUCGCUGGUGCACUGUGUCCAAUCCUGAACAAAGAAAGUGUGCAGAGAUGGCUAAAGCCUUGAUGGCUGUGUUGCCUCCCACCGAUCUUAACACUUUUGCCAGACUUUCUUGCAUCCGUGCAUCCAGCCAGACUGACUGCAUCAACAAAGUCACAGCUAAUCGCGCAGACAUAGUUACGCUUGACGCAGGAGAUGUUUACUCUGCGGUAAAGCAAUACGGCCUGACAGCAUUUGCCAAGGAGAUAUACAGUGACGGUGAGUUUAUUCUACAUUUUGUCAUUGUGAAGUUAUUUUAUUCAGUGUUAUGCCUAUGUCUGGCAGGAAGCUGUGUUUUAUCUGUGGCUGUGGUGAGAAACAGCAAUUUAGACAUAACGUCCCUGCGGGGUCUCAGGAGCUGUCACAGUGGGCUUCGAUGGACGGCCGGUUGGAGUCUUCCACUUGGGUUCCUGCUUUCCCGAAACUACCUGAGCUGGACAAAGGAGAGAACGCUCACACAGGAUGUGAGCAGCUUUUUCAAUGCUAGCUGUGUUCCUGGAGCUGCUGCAAUAGCGCCACAUCUGUGUGCUCUGUGCCAAGGCCAGAAGUCUUACGUCAGCCAAAAGAACCACCACUGCGAGACGUCUCACAGCGAACCUUUCUACAGCAACUAUGGUGCCCUCAGAUGUCUCAAGAGUGGUACUGGGGAUGUUGCAUUUGUGGACCAUUUAACAAUUCAAAGUAUAGAAAACAGUGAGAGGGACAAGUUGAGAUUACUGUGCACAGAUGGCACUCAAGCACCACUCAGCCACUACAAUGCAUGUAAUCUGGGCCGCGGUCCAGGAGGGGCUGUUGUCACCAGAUUGAGUUUUCGCAAAGUGGCUCGUAAAUUUCUUCUUACGUUGCAGAUGCUGUUUGGCCGUCAAGGGCGAGAGAAUCAUCGCUUCCAACUCUUCGACUCAACUUCUUUUGGGGCAAGAGACCUUCUUUUCAAAGAUGCCACUGCCAAACUAGCUGCUCUGCCAGAUGACGUUGACAUCAGUGAAGUGUUGGGGCUGGGUUUUAUCGCACUGCUCAAAGGUCUUGGACAUGAAGGAAGCUCACUGGAGGACAGCGUUGUGCGGUGGUGCUGCAUUAGCCAUGCAGAACAGACAAAAUGUGAGCAGUGGGCUCUGAGUAUAGAUUCAGACCCGCUGGUGUGCGUUAGAGGGACCUCCAUGCAGGAUUGUGUGGCAAAAAUUAAGAGAGAUGAAGUGGAUGCUGUCUCUCUCGACGCCACUCAUGUAUUCAUUGCAGCAAAAUGUGGGCUUGUCCCUGUAGUAACAGAAUAUUAUGGUAAAGAAUGUUCUGCAAUUGAAGUAUCUGGCAAAAAUACCAAAGGUAAGGCCAAUAUGUUGCCCUCAAUUGUGGGCUUGGCAGUAUCCAAGCGGUCAAGUAGGAGCAUUACAAUGGGCAACCUUGGAAGUCGCCGCUCCUGUCACGGUCACAUGUACAGUCCCGCUGGGUGGGUGCUACCGCAUAUGCACACACUCAGCUGGGAGCAUGACAACAGCAGCGUAAUUUGUGAUCCAAACCAAGUGUACAGUGACAUAUUUUGGAAAGGAUGUCUUCCUGGUUCACAUGGGAAACUGUGUAAAGUGUGUUUGGGAGGUUCUGAGGAGGCUACAACUAAACGCUGCACUGACAACCAUAACGAGCGUUACUAUGGCAACAUGGGAGCUUUAAGGUGUCUGGUUGGAGAUCCCAAAGGCAAAAGCUAUGGUGAUGUGGCCUUCCUUGAACACCACAAUCUUCAAGACAAUAUUCUUCGUCUAACCACCUCUGGUUGGGCCAAAGGGUGGACGGCAUCUGACUUUGAAUUGCUGUGUGGAGAUGGCCAUCGUGCUUCAUUGUCCGAGUGGGAGAGCUGUAAUCUGGGACUCAUCCCACCUAACACAGUCAUGACUCGGCCGGUGCUCACAGCGCGUGUUUACGAUUUCCUCAUGAAGUCUCAAAAAACACUGGCUGUCAAUUCAAGCUCUGAGUUUGAGCUCUUCGAGUCUCGACGCUAUGGUGAAAGCGAUCUGCUAUUUAAAGAUGCGACGCGGUGUUUUGUCCACACGAAACAUAGGGAUAUCCGCUCUAUGCUGGGAGAGGCGUUUUACAACCGUGUGGAAGCUGCCAUGAACUGCACCCAAUCUGCAAACAUCAUGCAUUUCUGCAGUCAGGAUUUGUGCAGUACAGUCUAA